AUGCCACUCUUCCGCAAGAAACCCAAGUCUCCCCCCACCAACCCGCUCUCAUUCCGAUCUGUCGAGCAUCUUCCCCAACUGACCGACCGCCGCGGCUCUUCCGUCUCCACCGCCAUUCCGCCUGCUGUCGCUGCUCAUCCUCAUCCUCAUUCACUCUCUCAUCCUCAGCCUCUCCCGGUCCCUCCUCCCCCUCAUCCUCCUCCCUACCAUCACCCCGCCCACUCGCCCUCUCAGUCGUCCCUGCAGCGCUCCCAAAGUCAGCGCCAUUCCCGCAGCGACCCCGCCGUUGGCAUUCCUGCCUCGCCCUCCGCGCCGCAGCAGCGCUUCGAGGUGGACCCGUCCGACGACGACCACGACGAACCGGAACAUCACUCGCGACGCACCAUUCGGAACAUUUUUUCCCUGCACUCCUCCAACACCCCGAGGGAUUCCACCGGUCCUCUCGAGCGCCGUCGUUCUUUAAGGAAGUCGUCCCCCGCCGCCGCUCGUCGAAACCGUCCCUUGUCCGUGGACACGACCAGCCCGGACAACCGCCCUCCCCUGACCUCCCGCUCGCGAGAGUAUGUGGUAGAGUCCCUCCACGCCACGCCUCAGUCUCCUAUGCCGCCGCAGGAUUUUCAUCCUUCAUCUCAGAACAACCCCCGACUGCCUCGCUCACCGCAUAUUCCUUCCAUUCAACGUUCCAACACCGACUCCUCCUUGGCGGUCGAGCCCCUCCCUCCUCCGACCAGUAUACACCAGCCGUCGCCUAUCGACCCGUCCAGAAAGCCCCCGCCCGAGCUGAUCCCCGGCCCGUCCCAGCAGCAGCAGCAGCCAUCUCUGGACCCGUCCAACGCUCGUCCGCCGUCGCGACAGUCUCUCGGGCCCCCCUCUCCUCUUCGUCCGCUCCCCAAUCAUCCCACAGACACUCCGCAACAGGGUAUGUCGGAACGCCCGUCCACGGGACCUGCACCGGGUCCCCCUGCCAGUUCUGCCUUUGGGCAGGGCUCCGCCGACACAGGCCUCCGCAAUAACAAUACGACCGCCCAUGGGUCGUCGGAACCCGGUCGCAGCACCCCGACCUCCAACCACAGUCGAAGCCGCGACGAGGCCGAUCUCGAUGUGCGAACCUUGGUGCAGAAACAUGACGAACUCCAGGCCAAAUAUUCCAAAGUGAAACGAUACUACUUCGAAAAAGAAGCCCAGGUGCAACACCUGCAGAACACGGUCGCCCAUCAGCGUAUGGCGGUGUCGCGCACCGUCCUCGACGACAACGAGUAUGCCAACCGGUUUGGCCGCCUCGACGGAGCCAUCAAGGACCUGGCGUUCGCGGUCCGGAAGGAUUGGAAGACUCUCCCCGGCUGGCUGAGCGGAUUUGUCAACGAGGAUGCCGCCGCCGUCGGCACCAAGGAGAUGACUGCCAUUGGCCGCGCGUUCAUGAGCCGCUGGUUGGCCGAUGAAGUUUUCGGGCGGUAUUUCAAUCCGGUGCUAGAACCGUCGUUCAGCCGUCAGCUGAAGGAGAUCGAACUCAACCUGCGCCGGCAGCAGGGCAAGACCGCCACGGAGGAAGACAAAGAGAAUGCCAUUGCCCGCAUCUCCAACUGGCGCCGCACCACCUUGGACGGGCUCGAGGACGCGCUGAUCGGCCCGACCGCCGACGAAUACCGCACCCAGCUCAUCGACCAUCUAGUGGGGGGCUUGUUCAAGGCGCUCACCGAUCAUCUGCAGAGUCCGCCGCCGCCAGGAAUCGAAAACGGGGCUCGUAUGAUCGUGGAAAACGCCAUCGGGAUUUCAGAGAAGAUCCCUCUGGAGUCGCGCGACCUCUGCGUGGACUAUCUCCUUCCGGGCACCGUCCUGCACGAACCUACGAUGAAGGUCGAGACCGGUAUUCCUCCUUUGACCAAUGCCGCCCUGCCCGAGGCGACAGCCACCCGCGGUUCCGACGACCAGGACCGUCCGGCGGACCACCCCGGCGUCGAGGACCUCGACGUCGACCGGGACUCUUCGUCGGGCUCAACCAACCCCGACGCCGCCACGCCGGGACGUGAACAGCGCGUUCGCUCCGUCUUCAGCAGCCUGAUGGGUCGCAAACAACAGCAGCAACAACAGCAACAAGGCGGUGGUCCACCGAUCGCCCCGGGCCCUGGCGGCAACGGGGACUCGGUCCGUCCGACGACCACCGGUGCCGAUGGUGGCGGCGUGGUCCCUCCCCAGCCACGCAUUCGCUUUUCGACCUUCAUCACGGCCGACGUGAGAGGACGAGGACCAGUCAACGUACUCGUCAAAGCGCCUGUAUAUUUGAUGGAAUGA